AUGGUUUCAUGCCUAGUGAUCGAUGAGAAGGUUUACGCGGUGAAAAACAUGAAAAGAAGCGUUUAUUACUCCCCCAAUGAAGGUAAAUGGGGAAGAAAAGACCAGGAUUCUUCUUCGAAUCUAGGAAUUGUAAGUCAUUGUUGUAUAAAUGAUAAAUUUUUAUACGCUUGUGAUAGCUUCGGGAAUAUCUUCUGGCGCAAGUUAGAUGACUUGGAGUGGAAGAAAGUUAAGGGUUUGGAGGAUCUACGAAAACUUUUUCCUAGGUCGGAUGCUUACUAUGUUGGAGGGAUUCCAUCGUAUGAUAUGUUGUCCAGAUGUUACAGCAAACUGAUAAAUUUCGGUGUGAACAUUGUGCUCGUUUGGUUUAAGUAUAAGAAAAUGGAUAUUUGGUGUGCUGAGAUUUCGUUCGAAAGACGCGAGGUGAAAUGUGAGGUUUGGGGCACAGUUUAG